CUCCUGUCUGCCCAAAUGGGUAGGCAGAAAAUUUUCAGGUUCUUGGUGAGAGAGCUCUCUAGGAGUGGAAAGAACUGUUUCUGCAGAACUGGCCUUCUGGGACCUCAGCAUGAAAUAGCUCAGAUUCCUCUUAGGCUACAGGACCGACAGUGGACCAGUGAGGAGAUGGUGGCAGGUCUGCAGCAUGACUGUAGGCACAGUACCUUCACACUUCCUUACCAUUUGCCUCACUUGGAUUCGAAGUCCUGGUCUCCUUCCACCUGGUCUCCUGAUCUUAGGGUAGCCCACCACGUACUUGGGAUCGCACAAGUACCCCAUACUCCUGGGGCGCACCUGGCCCACGAUUCUGACACCUUCAGACCCCCAGCCUCACACUUCCCGCUCCUGGUUUUCCGGCCCCUCCCUGCUUGACAGACUAAUGCCCCGGGACACUCUGCCUCGGCUCUCCGGGUGCGGCCCGAGGGCGGAGCAGAGGAGGCGCUCCCGUCCGGGUCGCACCCAAGCUUCCCGGUUCCAACCGUGCGCAGCCGCAGAGAGCAUUAUUAACCGGCUUGUGGACUGCGUAGUGAUUUUCCUAUUCUACCCUUUGCUUAGCCACAUUCUCAGAAACGCGGAGCACACGUCCCACGGGGAGCAACAACUGGAGAAAUCCAAAUCUCUUCGUAAACGCCCGCUGCGCAGAGGCCGGCUCACACUACGGGUUCUGGGCAGCUCCGCGGGCUACACUGGAAAUUCGUUCAAAGAGGCAGCAGAGCGGGCUCUCGCUCUCUCGGCUCCAGGUGUAAAAAAGGCAGACCGAAGUGAAACCCCUGAGUCAGCGCGUCCGGAGAGAGCGGGACAGUCCCUCGAGGCGCCGCCCCCGGGUCACGGACCGGCGCUGCCCCAGAGGCGCGGCCGGGGCGGAGUCACCGUGGAUCGGUCUUAUGUACCUCCCAGACCCUGCCGGCUUUGAUAGCUUGGGCCAUGGCUAGCGAAGCGACAGAAUCCGGGGCCGAGCUGCUGGCUUUCACGCGGUUCCGCGACUCGAGCGCGGCGCGCCUCGCUUACGGGUACGGCCCGCGCAGCCUGCUGGACAUGCGGGAGAGCGAGUUCGGCCGCCUGGCAGGAACUGUCUACCUUGACCAUGCAGGAGCCACCUUGUUCCCCCAGAGCCAGCUCACAAGCUUCACGAAUGAUCUCAUGAACAAUAUUUAUGGUAAUCCUCACAGCCAGAAUACCAUCAGUAAGCUCACCCAUGACACUGUGGAGCACGUGCGUUACAGGAUCCUGGCCCACUUCCACACCACGCCAGAGGAGUACAGCGUGAUCUUCACUGCUGGGAGCACAGCUGCUCUCAAACUGGUGGCCGAGGCCUUUCCAUGGGUGUCUCAGAGCCCAGACAGCAGCGGAAGUCAGUUCUGUUACCUCACCGACAGUCACACCUCUGUAGUAGGAAUAAGGAAUGUGGUCAUGGCUAUGAAUGCCACAUCCACCGCGGUCAGUCCAGAGGAUAUGUGGUCAGCCAAGGAACAGGGUGCUGUGGCCUGUGAUCCAAACUGCCAGCUUCUGCAUCUCUUUUGUUACCCAGCUCAGAGUAACUAUUCAGGAACCAGAUACCCGCUGUCCUGGAUAGGAGAGGUCAAGUCUGGGCGGAUGAGCCCCGUGAGCGUGCCUGGGAAGUGGUUUGUGCUGCUGGAUGCAGCCUCCUAUGUGACCACCUCGCCUUUGGACCUGUCGGCUCAUCAGGCCGACUUUGUCCCCAUCUCCUUCUAUAAGAUCUUUGGAUUCCCCACUGGCCUGGGUGCUCUGCUGGUCAAUAAUCGUGUGGCUCCUCUCCUGAGGAAGAACUACUUUGGAGGAGGGACUGCCGCUGCCUACCUUGCAGGAGAGGACUUCUACAUCCCAAGGCAGUCGGUGACUGAAAGGUUUGAAGAUGGCACCAUCUCAUUCCUCGACAUCAUAGCACUAAAACAUGGAUUUGAUGCCCUGGAGCGCCUCACAGGUGGCAUGGAGAACAUCAGGCAGCACACCUUCACGUUGGCUCAGUACACCUAUACGGCCCUGUCCUCUCUCCACUACCCCAAUGGAGCCCCUGUGGUGCGGAUUUACAGAGACUCGGAUUUCAGCAGCCCUGACGUUCAGGGUCCCGUCAUCAAUUUUAAUGUACUGGAUGACAAUGGGAACGUCAUUGGUUACUCCCAGGUUGACAAAAUGGCCAGCCUGUACAACAUCCACCUGCGAACCGGCUGCUUCUGCAAUACCGGGGCCUGCCAGAGGCACCUGGGGAUAAGCAAUGAGAAGUUCAAGAAGCAUCUUCAGGCUGGUCAUGUCUGUGGAGAUGACGUCGACCUCAUAGAUGGGCAGCCUACAGGAUCCGUGAGGGUUUCAUUUGGAUACAUGUCUACACUUGAGGACGCCCAGGCCUUUCUCAGGUUCAUCAUAGCUACCCGCCUGCGCUCACCAAGUGAUCAGCUUUUGGCUGGUCCCAGGGUAGCUGGAGUCCCAUCAGCAGAGGGCAAGGCCCAGGACAUGCCUGCUGUCACAGACAGACAUGUCCUGUCUCAGAAUGACGUCGGCACAGGCUCUGGGGUUUGCCUUGAUGCUCAUCCAGGUUCCAAUGCCAUCUGUUUGCAUCCACCACAAAGUGAGGCCACCAGAAGCCAGCAGCUGUCUUUGGAAAAAGCUGCAGGUGCCCUGCAUGGGGACCAUGGGCCACGUGUUGUCACCAACCUUUACCUCUACCCCAUCAAAUCCUGUGCUGCCUUUGAGGUGACCAAGUGGCCUGUAGGCAAUCACGGGCUGCUGUAUGACCGGAGCUGGAUGGUGGUGAAUCACAACGGCAUUUGCCUGAGUCAGAAGCAGGAGCCUCGCCUCUGCCUGAUCCAGCCCUUCAUCGACCUGCAGCAAAGGAUCAUGGUCAUCAAAGCACAAGGGAUGGAACCUAUAGAGGUGCCUCUUGAGGAAGACAGUGAACAGGCUCAGAUUUGCCAGAGCAAGGUCUGUGCUGACAGAGUAAACACUUACGACUGUGGAGAAAAAGUUGCAAGCUGGUUGUCAAAGUUUUUUGGCCGUCCAUGUCACUUGAUCAAACAAAGUUCAAGCUUCCAGCGAAAUGCAAAGAAGAAACUUGGAAAAGAUCUGCCUCCUGGUACAGCGGCUACCCUUUCCCUGGUGAAUGAGGCACAGUAUCUGCUGAUAAACACAUCGAGUAUUCUGGAACUUCAGCAGCAAUUAUGCACCAGUGAUGAGAAUGGAAAGGAGGAAUUAUUCCCGAUGAAAGAUCUCAUCUCGCGUUUCCGUGCCAAUAUCAUUACCAAUGGAACAAGGGCUUUUGAAGAAGAGAAAUGGGGUGAGAUCUCGAUUGGUCCCUUGCGUUUCCAGGUUCUGGGGCCUUGUCACAGAUGCCAGAUGAUUUGCAUUGACCAGAAAACUGGGCAACGAAAUCAAGACGUUUUCCAAAAACUUUCUGAGAGUCGUGAGAGAAAGGUGAACUUUGGUGUAUACCUGAUGCAUGAAUCUUUGGAUUUAUCUUCUCCAUGUUUCCUGUCUGUGGGAUCUCAGGUGCUCCCUGUGUCUAAAGAGAAUGUGGAACUCCACAACUCACCUGCUCUGAAGAAACACCGGGAUGUUAGCUCCUAAAAUUUGUGUGCAUUAAUUUCCUUUCUUACAAUGAUUUCUGCUAUUCUUAAGGUUUGGUUUAGUAGAACUUGGUCUUUAAAUAAGGACAGUUCUUUUCUUUGGAGGUAAGCGCAUGCUGUCUUCUGCUUUCUCUGACUUCUCACUCUGCACAUCUGCAGAGGCUGCACCCAGAGGAGCAUUUCCAAGGCCUCAGGACUGAAUACUGUGUCUAUACCUGGUGAGGCUUUCAUAUAUAUUUGAAGUAUGAUCUGUUGUGGUCAAAGGAAAAAUUCUGUUUUAAAGGAUGGGGUCUCCUUAUGUUGCUCAGGUUGGCUUUGAACUCCUAGGCUCAAGCCUGCCUCCUCAGCCUCCCCAAUAGCUAGAAUCAUAGGCAUGCACAGGCUCCAGAUAAAGUUUUUAUGAAGCAAACUAGGACUCUUGAACCUACUACCAGUCUUUAUUUCACCAUUUUCUUAGGAAGAAUCUUCAGCCUCUUUCCAACUUCUCUGUGCUGAUGAAGGGUGUCUAUGCCCACUGAUCUUGAGGACAUGAGAUGUCCCUGUCCUCCUGUGUACAUGGUGGCAGUGGGCCCAGAUUAAUGACCACAUUCCUUGAGGGGAGUUUUGACCAGAAUAUUUAUAUGAUGAUCCAGGAACCUCCUGUUUCUCUUACUUCCUGUCCUUGACCACCAUCCUUGUCCCCUUUUUAGUUGACACAUUGAGCAUAGUUCACAAGUUUGAAGUUAAUCAGAUUAGUGCAGGGGCCAGACUGGAUUUUGUCUUUUUUUUUAAUGAAUUCUUUCUUCUGUACAAGAUAACAGGAGCUAAGUGUAACAUUGAGGUAGGAUAGAGUACUGGGGGACAAAUGAGGCAUUUGGGAGGGCUCUUCACAUUUAUGGUGUUCCUAUUCCUAUUUAUCUCAGAUAUUCUGCGUAAACACUGAGAAUCAUGUUUUUAGCUCCAUUUUCUAGAGGAGAAGCCAAGGUUCAAAGUAAUUUGCACAAAUCCACCUAGUUGGUAAGAACAGAAUGGUGCUCCUGACAGCCUGUGCAUAAAAAGUAAUAAAGCCUAUGUUUAAAUCUUCAUUGUUGUUGUAUAGAAAUAGGACUUACUUUCAUGGGUCGACUCAUAUCUUGUGACCUUUUGAAACUUGACAAUUUAGUUUUUCAAAAAAGAUGUCUUUUAGAAUUUGCUCAUGAAAAAUCAUCUUACUUUGAAUAUGAAUAUAUUGUGAAAAUAUGAAAUAUAAAUUUGAAUAUGAAAAUAUAAAUUUUAUUGCCCUUUAACUUAUUGCCCCAGCUAGAAUUUCCAAAAAUAUUGAAUGAGUGUCUUAAGAGUGGAUAUACUGCUGGGUACAGUAGCGUACACCUGUAAUCCCAGUGGCUCUGAGGUUGGAGGAUUGUGAGUUCAAAGCCAGCCUUUGCAACUUAGAGAGGACUUAAGAAAUUCAGUGAGACCUUAUAAAAUAUAAAACAUAAAAUAUAAAAAAAGGGCUGGGGAUGUGGUUUAGUGGCUAAGAACUUGUGUUCAAUUCUCAGUACACUCCCCCACCCCCCCCAAAUAGUAGUUAUACUUGUCUUUUCCCAAUUUUGGGAUAAAGUAUUCAAUCUUUCAUUCACUGUAUGAUUUAUCUAUAGAAAUCUCAUAGAUCAGCUCUAUCAUACUGAGAAGAUUCCUUUUUAUUCCUAGGCUGCUGGAAAUUUUUAUUGUGAAUGGAUUUGAAUUUGGUUAAAAUUUAGAAUGAUUUAACUGCCUUGUGAUAUGAUCACUUGCCUUUCCUUCUGUGGGCAUUAUCAUGGAGGGUUUCAUUGAUUGAUUUCCAAAUAUUGAAACAGCCUUGCUUUCCCAGGUAACCCUGUGGGUUUGCUUUGCUACUAUUUUGUUGACAAUCUGUGUUCAUGAGAGAUACUAGACUGUAAUUUUCUUUCCUUGUAUGGUGUGUCUUGUUGCUAAAAUGUCUAACUACAAAGUGGAUUUGUCUCUUUCUCUUUUCUGCUCUAUCCAUUUUUGAUUUAUGAAUUUUUGAAGCUACAUUUUUUUUGGUGCAUUCACAAUUAAGCUUGCUGUUUUCUCAAUGAACUGCUUCUUUUAUGGACAUAUAAACUCUUUUAAUUAGUAAUUUUCUUUGCUCAGGAGUUUGAUAUAUGUAAUGUUGAUAUAGCCAUUAUUGAGAAUUAUGGGCCCCCUCUCACUAAUGAACAUAAGUUCUAAAAUUCUUUAAAAAGUGGCAAACUUAGUCCAGAAAUCUCUAAAAUGAUUAUACAUUAUGACUCUGUAGGGUUUACUUCAAGUAUACUAUAUGUUGUUUUUAUUUUAGAAAAUUAAACAAUAAGGGAUUAAAAAGCAAGUCUAAUUGUCUUAAUAAAUAAAGAAAACAAUUUUGAUAAAGCAUCAACAUUUAUAAUCUAGUAAUUUUUUAGUAAGUGAAAGGAAUAUUCUGGCAAACAACACUAAAUGCUGUAAAAAGUAAGUAAAAAUCCCUAUGGCUUGAUGGUGGCAGUUUGGGUGGCAGUAGGCAUGGUGGUGAUUUGCGGUGCUGUGCCUGGCACAGUCUACAGGAGUCUACCCUGUCCAGCCUCCAUGGCUGGUUCUUAGUCUUCUGGGGGAACCUAUGAGCUACACAAUAUCCUUUAAUCCACUUGUUUUCUGCUUAAUCUUGCAGGUGUUAAUUUUAUUGUUUCUAAGAAUUAUGAUGGAUACAGAACCUGGUAUCUGAUUGUACCUUACUAAAAUACGCCCCCAAGCCCAUUAUUGGCUGAACAGAGGAGGAGGGAUAGCAGAUAGAAGGUUCUAAAUAUUUCAAUUUGGAAAGUAGAUAACUUUGUUACACCAUGGUAAAAUAUUUGAUUAAACUGUUGUCUAUUGUCUUCAGAGACACUAACCUCAUGCCAACGAAAUGACUUGUUAGAGGAAACAAUAGGAAAAAAAUAUCACAAUAUUGGGGUUCCUUUUUGCAGCUUCAGCAAAGUUCUGAAGGAGAGAGAUAAACUUGGGCUGGAGAGAACCACAUCAAGGCCACAGCCAUCAUGCUGUUAGAUAAGAACUCUGAAAUAAUUAAGGGAGACUGGGCUUCCAGAAAGCUUUGAAUGUGUAGUACCAUAAAAACCCAAUAUAGCCAAAGAACUCAAAGUUCUUGAUUAAACAUUGUCACAGGGGCUAGGGUUGUGGCUCAGUGGUAGAGUACUGCCUGGCAUGUGUGAGGCACUGGAUUCAAUCCUCAGCACCAUAUAAGUAAAUAAAAUAAAGUUAAAAAAAUUGUCACAAAACUUUUAAUAUAGUGAGUUGACCAAAAUAAGACCCCUCAAUUUUCCCCAAGAGCUUUGUAUUAGCAAAAGUACCACCAUCCUGGACUAAAAGGACUGAAGCUAUUGGAAAUGCAGAAACAGAAUUCUAGACCUCUUUCUUCCCUUUGGGAAGAAAGAGGGACAACAAAGCUACUCAGUUGCAGAAAUUGUGUAUUCUGCAGAGCACAACCUUUUUCAGAAGUGGCCAAUGCAGAUUAUGGAAAGGAAAAAAUCUUUCAGAGGUUGGAUCCCAGCUCACAGAGAACAAUAAAUUGAUACAGAAAUAAUAUGCCCAGUGUGGGAAAAGUAGAAAAUACAGCUGGGCAAAAAGAGAAAUAACCUCUCAUACUGCCACCCUAUCAGAGGAACAUAAGACCCUGAAUGCUUUGUGCCUAGGAUUCUAGACAUUUCUCUGUGCAAAUACUAACUCCUGUCUUUUAUUGUUUCUUUUCCUAAUGCUCAUUUUCCUCUCUUCUUUAUUUUUGACGGUCUCUCCAGGAUUCUUGCAAUAAGCUCAGUUCUUGUGGACUUUCUGGGCAGCUCUUUAGGAGAUAAGUGCCUGGUUUAAUCAUCCCUUUGAAAUCUCAUCUUGCUGUUGUUCUGGGCUCCAUGCAUGUACCUGUCAUCUCCUCCUAGUCGUCUCAGUAGCUAUAGUCAAUGAGUAUUUAUUGAUUAUUGUGAUGAUCACCAUGCUUGGUGCUGGGGACAAAAAGAUGCAUUUGAUACCUACAGCUCCUACAGGACAUCUGAGGAGCUGUCACAUGACAGUUGAGCAGAAACCAAUAAAAUAAUUAGUCGUAAAAAAUAAAAUAAAAAAGUCGUUUAUUACAACAUUGUUCUCAUGAGGAAAACCACCUUUUCUGGGACUUGCUUUGCUGUUUGUAAAUUAGAGUAAAACAUUUAAAACACACUGUUUAAUUGUUCAUUCCAAAAUGUAUCAUAUGGCACACAGUAAUGGAUUUGUUUUAUUUUUUUGUUAACACUUUUUAUUUUGCAAAUAAAAAUUGUGUCAUCAGAAAAAACAAACAACCCACCCCCCUGCCCCUACUGUUUGGUCCCUAAUUUAAGAAAGAAUAUAUAAACCUGUUGAAAUAUGGUUUCUGCUAAGACAUCCCAACUGAAUAAAAAUGCUUAUGUUGGAUUCAUAAUAGUUGGACUCUUUUAACAUGUUUUGCUUGUGGUUCAAAUUAGCUGGUUCAAAAAUAAAGUUGCUUAAUGAUGUGAGUCAUUAA